AUGGGGCCCUCUCCGGUGAGGGCCGUGCUGGGAUCGGACGUGCUGCUGCCAUGUAGCUUCGCUGUGGGUGAACCCAUCAGUCUGGAUAGACUGUACCUGGGCUGGGCCCGGGGAGGCCAGAAGGUGGCCGAGUACCUCAAACAGCAGCCGACUGACCAGGGCAGAGUGAGGCUUCUCCCGGGGGAGCUGAGCAGGGGGAACUGCUCCCUGGGGCUGAGGAAUGUGAGUCUGGAGGACGAAGGCAGAUACACCAGCACCCUCACCUACACGUCUGACAGAUCUGAGCAGCACCUGGAGCUGCAGGUGACAGCUGCUCCCAGACUCUCCAUCCCCCGGCGAUCGGCCAGGAGAGACACAGCGAGCUCCUUCCCCUGCCACGUGUGGGGAUUCUACCCCCAGGACGUCACCGUCGCCUGGCUGAGAGACGGGCGGGUUCUGACCAAUGCCACCCGUUCUGCCCCCCAGAGGAACCCGGACGGGACCUUUAACCUCACCCUGACCUACACCUUCACCCCCACCGCGAGCGACUCCGGCAGCCUCUUCUCCUGCCACGUCAGCCACGCGGCUCUGGCUCAGCCCCUGCGGGAGGGGUUCCCCCUGGCUGUCACAGGUGCAGACGCGGCUUCUUCGAAGGCCAUCACCGGGGUCUGCAUCGGGUUGCUGCUGGUUAUGGCGGCUGCGUUAGCCAUUUACUGCUGGAGACAACGAAGGGCGCGGAAAGGGAUCUGCCGUUCCUGGCCCCGAGCUCCAGCCGGACGCGUCUCCCACACCCCCCGACACUGA